AUGAAUUUCCUAAAUGCACACGAAAUUUGUCAAAUACACGGCGGUAUCCUCACAGAUGUUCCAGAUGAAGAAACUGAUCAGAUGCUUUCACGGUACUUUGGACAAGACUAUUGGAUUGGUAUUAAUGAUAUCUAUAACGAAGAUCAGUUUGUUGAUAUGAGGAAUAGAUCUAUUGUCUAUAAAAACUGGUGUUAUCAUCAUAAUCAAAGAUAUGAGCAACCAAAUAAUUGGAUGUAUUAUAAUAACACGGAGAUAAUGGAAGCAGAUUGUGUUAGGAAGCAUGAAAGCGGAUGGUUUGAUGAUCUUUGCACAUUUGAGUACAAAGCCAUAUGUUCUAAAAAGAUCGCAUUAAAUUGCACAACUGAGAUGAUAAAAAAUCCUAGCAGUGAUAUAGAGCUCUGGAUAAGUGAAGAAGCCACUUCCUUCUUUAAGGCCGAUAGAAAUUGUCAAGCACAAAAUGGAACUUUCGCAGAAAUAACGGAUAAUUUGACAUUGCAGUUGUUGUAUGAAACGAAUGAAAAUUGGUCAGAAAUUUGGAUUGGUGCUCAUGACCUAGUUUUAGAAGGAUACUUCAUGAAUAUUCGAAAUGAGACUCAGUGUUUUGGGCGAGAAGGCUGGAAAACACUUAUUUACAAUUCCGACACUUCUGACUGCGUAGCGUUUAAUGGUUCAAUGGUAUCAAAAUUUGUUAUAUUGCCGUGCGACACCGAACUUCCAGUUCUAUGUUCUUCCAGCUACGAAGAUCCUGUACCAUCAACUACAACUACAUCAACGAGACCCUUCUAUUCCACAUCAACAUCACUAUCAAAAGCCGACUCCGUACCAUCAACUACAAUAACAUCGUCAACAACCGGUGUCUCCACUUCGGUGUUACAAUCAACAACGGACACAGUACCAUCAACUACGACAAAAUCAACGAGAACCGUCGGGUCCACUUCGGUAUCAACAUCAACAACUGGUUCUGUACCUGCAACCCAAACUACAUCGUCAACAACCGGUAGUUCAACAUCAGUAUCAACAUCACCUUCAGCUACUUUGUCAACAGCUGUCAGCUCCACAUUGGCGUCAACAUCAGCAACUUAUUCUGUACCAUCAACUACAACUUCAAGUUUAAAAACCGUUAGCUUCACUUUGGUAUCAUUUUCCUUGUCAACAUCUACACCUAAAUCAUCAAGCACGGUAACAUCGUCAUCCUCCUCAACAGACACCUUCCCAUCGGCACACGUAUCCUCAUCCAUGUCAACGACUAAUCUUACGAAAUCAACUACAGCUACCUUUGUGAACAAAGGUUGUAUGUGUCCAUGCGAGCGCAUGAAAAAUCAGGUCAUCAUUACGGACAAGAAAGUGCUCAUAGCCAAAAUAGCAAAAAUGAAGAAGGAGUUGAAAGUCAAUAAAGCCGAUUUGAAUAAACAGCUUCGCAAACGAUUAUCUGUCUUUGAUAAACAUGCCUCUGCCGUUGCCGUUGGGACGAUAUUUGGACCACUAGUCAUCGCAUUUUUCAUUGGAAUCAUCGUCAUCAGCGAUAUACCAAUAAUGAUGCGUCAUCUUAAAUACGGUCUAUGCAGAAAAGCUGGAAAGAAGAAAAGGAAAAGAAGAAUUCGUUCUGAUGAUGUCCGAGGAUGUCCAGUGGAUGUCCAAAAGGACAAAGCUGGAAUUCAGGAGCAAGAGAUGGUCGACAAUCCAGCUUAAAACUUAUAUCUGUAUUUUCAUUC